AUGUGGGGCGCCCUGCUCUGCCCGCUGCUGUGGCGCCUGCUGCUGCUGCUGUCGCCGCGGGACGGCGUGUGCGCCGCGCCCCAGGCCCCGGCCUACUUGAUUGCUGCACCCUCUGUCUUCCGCUCGGGAGUAGAGGAAGUCAUCAGUGUGACCAUCUUUAACUCCCCCCGAGAAGUCAUGGUACAGGCUCAGCUGGUGGCCCAGGGCGAGGAGGUGGCAUGGAGCCAGGGAGCCAUCCUGGAUAAAGGGACAAUCAAACUCAAGGUGCCCACGGGCCUCCGGGGCCAGGCCCUCCUGCAGGUGUGGGGCCGCGGCGGGCGGGCGGAGGAGGGCCCCCUCUUCCACAACCAGACCUCCGUGACUGUGGACGGCCGGGGCGCCUCCGUGUUCAUCCAGACUGACAAGCCGGUGUAUAAGCCCCGACACCGAGUGCUCAUAAGCAUCUUCACUGUCACCCCGAACCUGAGGCCCGUCAGCCAGAAGUUGGAAGCCUACAUUCUGGACCCCAGGGGCUCGAGGAUGACAGAGUGGAGACACUUGGAGCCGUUCUGCUGCGGUGUGGCCAACAUGACCUUCCCCCUGUCUGACCAGCCGGUGCUGGGAGAAUGGUUCAUUUUCGUCCAAGUGCAAGGCCACGUGUACAACAAGUCCUUCGAAGUUCAGAAGUAUGUGUUGCCGAAAUUUGAGCUCCUUAUUGACCCGCCCCAGUAUAUCCGGGACCUGGACAUAUGCGAGAAGGGCACUGUGCGGGCCAGGUAUACCUUUGGGAAACCUGUCUCGGGGACCUUAACGAUCAAUAUGACUGUAAAUGGUGUGGGGUACUACAGCCAGGAGGUGGGGCGCCCCGUCCUCAGAACCAUAAAGAUCCACGGCUCCCAGGACUUCGACAUCUGUGUGAAGGACAUGAUCCCCGCCGAUGUCCCCGAACACUUCCGGGGCACCGUCAGCAUCUGGGCCACAGUGACCAGUGUGGACGGGAGCCAGCAGGUGGCAUUUGACGCCUCCACCCCUGUCCAGAGGCAGCUGGUGGACGUCCGCUACUCCAAGGACACUAGAAAGGAGUUCAAGCCGGGCCUGUCCUACGUGGGGAAGGUGGAGCUGUCCUACCCUGAUGGCAGCCCAGCUGAGGGGGUGACGGUCCAGAUCAGGGCAGAGCUGACACCGAAGGACAACAUCUACACCAUCGAAUCUGUAUCCCGGGGAGGGCUGGUGGGGUUUGAAAUCCCCUUCAUCCCCAUGUCAGCCCAACACGUGUGGCUGGAGACCAAGGUGGUAGCACUCAAUGGAAAGCCCGUGGGGGCCCAGUACCUGCCCAGCUACCUGUCUCUCAGCAGCUGGUACUCCCCCAGCCAGUGCUAUCUGCAGCUGCAGCCACCUUCCCGCCCCCUGCAGGUCGGAGAGGAAGCCCAUUUCCCCAUGAAGUCCACGUGUCCCUGCAACUUCACCCUGUACUACGAGGUGGCUACGCGGGGCAACAUCGUGCUCUCGGGCCAGCAGCCCGCGCCCCUCACCCACCAGAGAAGCAGGCGGGCGGCCCCAGAGACACCCAUUCGCUUAAUGCACCUUUCGGAGACAGAGCCCCCUCCUGCCCCAGCAGCCGAGGUCAACGUGUGUGUGACCUCCCUCCGGCUGGCCGUGAGCCCCAGCAUGGUCCCCCUGGGCCGCCUGCUCGUCUUCUAUGUCAGGGAGAAUGGUGAAGGGGUUGCCGACAGUCUCCAGUUUGCUGUUGAGACCUUCUUUGAAAACCAGGUUUCACUGACGUAUUCGGCAAACGAGACCCAGCCCGGGGAGGUUGUUGACCUGCGGGUCAGGGCUGCGAGGGGCAGCUGCGUGUGUGUCACUGCAGUGGACAAGAGCAUCUACCUGCUCAGGUCUGGGUUCCAGCUGACUCCGGCCCAGGUUUUCCGGGAAUUGGAAGAUUAUGAUGUUUCUGAUGCCUUCGGGGCGUCCCGGGAGGAUGGGUCCUUCUGGUGGGCUGGACUGGCUGCCCGACGACGCCGGCGCUCCUCCAUCUUCCCGUGGCCCUGGGGCAUCACCAAGGACUCCGGGUCUGCCUUCACUGAAACGGGCCUGGUGGUGAUGACCGACCUGGUGAGCCUGAACCACCGACAGGAUGGCGGCCUAUACACGGAUGAGGCUGUCCCUGCCUUCCAGCCCCACACGGGAAGCCUGGUGGCGGCGGGCUCCUCCAGACAACCCCCCAGAGCAGAGAAGACGAAAAGGACCUUCUUCCCCGAAACAUGGAUUUGGCGUUGUCUGAACAUCAGAUCUGACAUCAGCAUCUGA